CCACAAUAUUAUUUACAUUUCGUUUUGCAAUUUCAAAUUGUUAUUUUACGCGCCUCAAAUGUCUAACGCUAGGUGGCAGCACUGCAUGCCCAUGCAACUCUGCUCUCAGCUGUUUUUUCCAGUAUUUUACUUAGCUCAAACAAAAGUAAGAGUUCUUUACGUGCGUAGUUUUUGUAAUGUUUGCAUUUUUUGUAAUCUUAUUGAACACAAAUCGCUCGGGAAGUUCGUAAAUAAACAAACAAACGUAAAACGAUAAUACUGUCGUCACGGCAGUGACAAUAAGAAAUGCACUUUGACGGUUUCAAGCAACAACAACAACAACUGAAAGUACAAAUGUCAAUCGCGUUGUAGCAAAACAAUUGUGAUGACGCUGCCUUAAUAAUGACUUAAGUCUAUUAUUUUAAGUCGUUCCUAGUGUUACUUGUAUAUAGAUUGUUAAGUUUGGCAAUGAACGUUGAGAGUAAUCAAGACCUGCCGACUCCCAAGGAGUCCAUAGCAGAAAAGUGUGAUGCGGCCGCGGCUCCUGCGACCGCAGUUGUUGGAGUCUCAACAAAAACGCCAAUUUCAACAACAACAACAACAACGGCGACACCAACAAUUGCCGGCUCCGAAGAGCCGUCGGCUUCUGUUUCGGCAACGGAUUCUGCGUCAUGCGAGCCGGCAGCAGAGCCGGCGACGGAGCUGCAGUCAGCUGGAUGCCAUACAGGUGGUCAAGAGCAACAACAACAACGUCUGCCGUAUUUCUAUAACAAACAAUAUAAUCCACCAAGUGGCAAUAGGCACCAGUUUCCCUCACCGCCGUCGCAUAAAAACCAGCCCUGGAGAAAAUUACGCAGGCAAGUUUUUUUCUCUAUUUUCAUUUUUCUUUAGCCCCUCACACUAGCA